GAGCGGAAGCGAGGCGGUUUCUUCAAGUUGACGGUAAAAUUCCUGCCCUGCGUUCGCGAACUUCGGGAGAGUUCUUCCCCGGAGCGACGGGAAAACCGGACAGAACCGAAGCCGAGCGCGAUGACUGCGGUGCGCCUGAUCCUGACCCUGAUUCUGGGCGCCGUUCAGCUCUGCCGAACCGAACCAAGGCCCGGGAAACCCAAUGAGCUGUUGGUGAUCACCGCCGCGACUGAAGUGACCGAUGGCUACCUGAGGUUCAUGCGCACCAUCCGACAGUUCAACUACACCAUUCAGGUUCUGGGUCUGGGUGAGGAGUGGAAGGGUGGAGAUGUGGCCCGGACCGUCGGCGGAGGUCAGAAGGUUCGAUGGCUGAAGAAAGAACUUGAGAAACACAAAGACAAACAAAACACGGUCAUCAUGUUUGUAGACAGUUAUGAUGUGAUUUUAGCCAGCGGUCCAGAGGAGCUGCUCAGGAAGUUUUCUCGUUUCUCUCAUCGCGUGGUUUUCUCCGCCGAGGGCUUCUGCUGGCCGGACCAGAGACUGGCGUCCAAAUAUCCAGUAGUGCAUCACGGCAAACGCUACCUCAACUCUGGAGGUUUCAUCGGCUAUGCUCCUGAGAUUUAUGCCUUAGUGAAGCAGUGGAAAUACAAGGACAAUGAUGACGACCAGCUAUUCUACACGCGCAUCUACCUGGAUAAAGAGCAGAGGAGGAAGUUCAACAUCACGCUGGACCACAAAUCCCAAAUUUUUCAGAAUCUCAAUGGAGCCAUAGAGGAAGUGGUCCUCAAGUUUGAGAAAUCCAGAGUCAGAGCUCGGAACGUGGCCUAUGACACACUUCCUGUCGUUAUCCAUGGCAACGGCCCAACUAAGCUCCAGCUGAAUUAUCUGGGUAACUACGUGCCGACGGCGUGGACGUACGAACACGGAUGUGGGAUCUGUGACGAUGAUUUUCUGGACCUGAGCGGUCUGUCUGACGAGGAGAUGCCGCUGGUGCAUGUCGCUGUGUUUAUCGAGCAGGCAACGCCGUUUCUCGAAGAAUUUCUGGAGAGACUCGCAACUUUGAACUAUCCGCACACACGCUUACGACUUUUCAUACACAACAACGUUGUGCAUCACGAGCAGCAUGUGGAGCGGUUCUGGACACGUCAUCGCUCGCUGUUCCCUGGGGCAAGAAUUGUCGGACCAGAAGAAAAUCUCAAACAAGACCAGGCCAGAAACAUGGCAGUAGAGGCGUGUAAGAAGGACGUCUCCUGCGAUUAUUUCUUCAGCAUCGACUCUGAUGUUGCUCUGACCAAUCCAGAUAUUUUGCGGGUUCUUAUUGAAGAAAACAAGGUUGUGAUCGCGCCCAUGCUGUCUCGACACGGGAAGCUCUGGUCGAACUUCUGGGGUGCUCUGAGUCCAGAGGGCUUUUACUCACGCUCGGAAGACUACAUCGACAUCGUCCAGAGCAAGAGAGUCGGAUUGUGGAACGUUCCCUACAUCACUCAGGUCUAUCUGAUCCGCGGAGAGACUCUGCGCACGCGUCUGGCCGCCGUUUCUCUCUACCAGCAGGAGGGCAUGGAUUCAGACAUGAGCUUCUGCAGGAGCAUCCGCGAGCAGGGCAUCUUCAUGUUCGUGUCCAACAGGGAUGAGUUCGGCCGUCUGAUCUCCUCCACGAAUUACAACAUCAGCCGUCUUCAUCCGGACAUGUGGCAGAUAUUCGACAACCCAGUGGACUGGAGAGAGAAAUACAUCCAUGAGAAUUACUCCAAGAUUUUUGAUGAGGAUGAGAACAUCGUUGAGCAGCCCUGUCCAGACGUCUACUGGUUUCCAGCGUUUUCUGACAGAAUGUGUGAUGAGCUUGUGGAGACCAUGGAGGAUUUCGGUGGAUGGUCUGGAGGAAGACACAACGAUGAACGGUUAACUGGAGGUUAUGAGAACGUUCCUACAGUCGAUAUUCACAUGAAUCAGAUCCAGUUUGAGAAAGAGUGGCUAAAGUUCCUCAAAGACUACAUCGUUCCUGUGACGGAGAAACUCUACCCAGGAUACUAUCCGAAGGCUCAGGCUGUGAUGAAUUUUGUGGUUCGUUAUCGUCCUGAUGAGCAGCCUUCGCUCCGUCCGCAUCACGAUUCCUCCACGUUCACCAUUAACAUUGCGCUCAACAGAAAAAACAUUGAUUAUGAGGGCGGAGGCUGUCGGUUUCUGCGUUACGACUGUACGGUCGAGUCUCCCAGGAAGGGCUGGUCGUUCAUGCAUCCGGGCCGUUUGACGCACUAUCACGAGGGGCUUCCCGUCACACAAGGAACGCGAUACAUCAUGGUGUCAUUCGUUGACCCUUGAAACUCUGUCUGUGUGUGUGUGUGUUUGUGUUUGUUUCUCUGUAAAUUAACAAACGAGAUGUUACAUAUGAGCGGAUCGUCACAGAUCCGAGGCCAGACAUUCACUCUUUCAACACAAAUCAACCUUAAAGCUUGAUGAGAAGAGUAUUUUUACUUGAUUUUAUAGAAUAAUCGAAUCACAGAUGUUUUUUAAAAAGCUUUAGUCCUCAGUUAGCUUUUGUACUCGGGCUUUGUACAAACCGCUUUAAAUUAUUUGUUGCCUUUUGAAAAUAAAUAUUGGAA